CAGAUGUCUCAUCCGAUGAGCGAACGCCCGCUCAGUUUGUUGGAGUGAGCGAGUGUUGCUUGUUGCUGCACUGUACUUGUUCUCGGAGUAGGGAAUAUGUUGGGAGCCAGAGCUCGUUUGAGGUUCGCGCUCCGUCUGCAUCGGAGCUACAGCCAUGGCAUAAUGGAAUCUCUGAAGAAGACAGCACUGUUCGAGUUCCAUCAAAGCGAAGGCGCACGGAUGGUGGAGUUUGCGGGCUGGAGUAUGCCUGUGCAGUACAAGGAUAGUCACAUCAGUUCACACUUGCACACCCGCCAACACUGCUCGCUAUUCGAUGUUUCUCACAUGCUGCAGAGCAAGGUGACUGGGAAGGAUCGAGUGAAGUUCAUGGAGAGCUUGGUGGUGGGGGACAUUGCUGAACUCAAGGACAACCAGGGCACACUGUCGCUGUUCACCAACGACAAGGGAGGAAUAAUGGAUGAUGUCAUAGUGAGCCGGACAUCAGAUGGAUACUUGUACAUCGUCUCAAACGCUGGCUGUGCUGCCAAGGACUCUGCUCACAUGAAGGAGCAACUAGCCCAGUUCAAAGCUGCAGGGAAUGAUGCCGACCUGGAGUUUCUGGAGGCCGGAUUGAUCGCGCUGCAAGGUCCAUCUGCAGCAAGGGUGUUGCAGGAGGGCGUGUCCGAUGACCUCAGCAAGCUGUCCUUCAUGUGGAGCACGGUGACGACAGUGUUCGGAGUCAAAGGUUGCAGAGUGACCCGUUGCGGCUACACUGGAGAGGACGGGUUUGAGAUCUCAGUACCUAUUGAACACACUGUUGAGCUGGUGGAGUUGCUGCUGAAGAACAGUGAAGUCAAACUUGCUGGCCUCGCGGCACGGGACAGCUUGAGGCUGGAGGCUGGCCUUUGUCUUUACGGAAACGACAUUGAUGAGACCACAACACCCGUGGAAGCAAGCCUUUUGUGGACUAUAGGAAAACGCCGGAGAGCGGCGGCCAACUUCCCUGGAGCUGAGAUUGUCCUGAAGCAGAUCAAAGAGAAAACGAGACGGAAACGAGUUGGUCUGACAUCAACUGGGCCCCCAGUCAGGCAGCACACGCCUAUUUUAAACGUCGAUGGAAAAGUCAUUGGGGAGGUAACGAGUGGCUGCCCCUCCCCGUGUCUGAAGCAGAACAUUGCCAUGGGAUAUGUGGAUACAGAAUACAGCAAGUCGGGCACGCCGAUAAAAGUGGAAGUUAGGAAGAAGAUCGUGGAUGCCGUUGUCACCAAGAUGCCUUUUGUACCCACCAAGUACUAUACUGUGAAGUGACACCUUCAUCAAAUGUUAGACGUGACCAGGGUUAAAAUCAUAGUUGUAAUAGUUAGGUGAUAGUUGAUGAAUUAUCAAGUCUUCAGGUUUACAGAUUCUGACAAUUGAGCUGCUCCAUUCUCCCGUAGAGAAUCAGAAAAUCUACAGCAGGAGUGGAAGCCAUUUGGUGGCGUUUGUCUGUGCCAAGAGAAAACAUCCAUCCAACCAAAUGGCAGCUCCAGCUCUAGGUCCAGAGCCCUGCAGGUCAUGGCUCUCCAAGCAAGAUGAGGGCUUUUGCCUCCAUCAGCUUUCCAGCACACCAGUUAUUUCCUUUUGAGAGGGUGCGGGAGCUGCCUUCCUUCAGUAGUGCUUGAUAAUUAUCCUCUGUGAACUAAUCUUUCAUACUGCCUUUGUAAAUGAACAUUCAUUGUUAAUUAGGUGCUAUGCCAACUCUGUAAAAAAAAAAGCUGUAGGUGAUGCAGAAUUGCCUCUGCAAUAUUUGAAUUAUGACAUGAAUACUAAUUCAAUUGAUGAUAACUGACGAGAGGUUAACACUGUCUGCAGCCAGUUCAGUAAUUUUAAUAAAUGUAGUGCUUUAUUUACAGACAGUGUUUGGUAAUAUUCACACCUCUGUACAAAAAUGUUAAUGUUGAUUUUUGUGUGCGUUUUUUCCAAUGUAUUUGUAGAAUAAUAAAAUUAAAUAACCAGCAUUGAGAAAUGAGAUGAAGUUUAAUAUGAAGGGGAACCAGCUUGUCCAUUAACAGCCUGUAGUUAUGUCUCCUACUCUAUCUCAAUCUUGCUCAGACACUUCAAACUACUUGAGGCUUGGCCUCAUUCAUGUGUAUUAAGUUUCUUUUCCCAGCUUCCUUUUAAAGUGGCCAAUUUUAAACCCAAGCUUAGCACACGACCUUGAAAUUAGUUUACCGGUUCUUUUAAGUUGUGCAUUUUGGUCCUGUUUGAAGAACAUGAGUUUGCCAAAAGGCAUGUGGGGACUCUGAAGUCAACUGAAAGAAAGUUUUAUGGUCUGAUGAAACCAUAUUGAGUUUUUUGGCUCAAGCCAAACACAGCACAUCAUCAAAAACACACCAUCCCUACCGUGAAGCUUGGUGGUGGCUGCAUCAUGCUGUGGGAAUGCUUCACUGCAGCAGAGCCUGGAAAGCUUGUGAAUGUAGAGGGUAAAAUGAAUGCAGCAACAUACAGAGAAAUCCUGCAGGAAAACGUGAUGCAGUCUGCAAGAGAACGCUGACUUGUUCACGGCAAGACAAUGACCUCAAACAUAAAGACAAAACUACACAGGAAUGGCUUAAAAACAAAGUUAAUGUCCUGGAGUGGCCAAGUCAGAGUACAGACCUCAAUGCAAUUGAGAACUUGUGGUUGAACUUGAAGGUUGCGCAGAUUUGUAAAGAAGAAUGGGGAAAAAUUGCAGUGUCCAGAUGUGCAAAGCUGUUAGAGACCUAUCCACACAGACUCAAGGCUAAUUGCUGCCAAAGGUGCAUCUACUAAACACUGACUUGA